AUGGAUGUGCGGGGAGCAUGCGAAUCUCCCGCUCGACAUGUCGAUGUGGCACGAGUGCCACCUGACAACCACACAGCGACGCAUGCAAAAGAGGCAUGCGACUGUCUUGAGUCCCGAGCUGUUGUGCAUGUUGCUUGUGGGUUGCUAACGAUAAGUGUUCAAAUCAAGGUAGCUAACCUCUUUCAAAAACAAAAACCGCGCCACCCCCACCGAUGGCCCCCUCCACCCCUCCUCCGCCACCGGACGCUUCAAACGCCGCCACCUCCGCCGCCGCAGCAACAACAAGACCUCUAUUUCUUCAGCCCCAAACUUAUCAAACCUUAUACUCGCCUCGUCUCCCUUCCAAUCCCAACCCUAAUUACCCUCAAUUGGCCCCCCGUCCCCCCUCAUCCCCACCCACAUCCUCAGGAUCCCUCGCAGCUUCUCUACCCACUUGCCUCAUCGGGUCGUGGAUUCCUCCGGCCCGUUGCCUUGCCAGCUUCCCGCCCCGCCCAGCGCCCGCCGUUUAUGUUUCCCUACCUGGAUCAGGGUCAGGGCAAUCCGGUUUUUGUGCGGCCGAACCACUUGCCCCACGUACUAAUUGGAUCGGCUCCCGGUACGUCUGGUAAUGCUGCUGCUACCGGAGCAAUGCCCGCUGUAGUUAAAGGAAUUCCUGUUCCGUCUUCACACCAACCAAAGGUUGGUCUUCCUUCAGCUUCGAUAUCUGAUAAUAAUGGCCAUAAAGAUUCAAGGGAUAGAACUAAAGAUGAUGCUUUUGUAAUAAUCAGAGAUAGGAAGGUUAGAAUGCAUGAAAAAACCUCUCUUUAUGCCCUCUGCCGGUCAUGGUUGAGGAAUAGUUCUCCUGAAGAAACUCAGCCACAGUAUCUGGAUACUGUCAAAUCUCUUCCAAGACCUUUGCCUGUAGCUGCACAAGAUUCAGAUGCACCUGAUAAAAUAGCAAAAGACAAAGAGGAAGAUGAGGAUAAAGACUCUUGUGAACAUUUGUCUGAGAAAGAGCUCUUGCAAAGACACAUUAAACGUGCGAAGAGGGUUCGAUCACGGCUAAGAGAAGAACGGCUUCAAAGAAUUACAAGAUAUAAAACUAGACUUGCUCUUCUCUUGCCACCAAUGGUAGAGCAACACUUCAAAAAUGAAUCUGGUCCAGCAAACUGAAAAGGCUUCGUUGUCUUGUUUCUUCUGGGUUAACUAUUGUUACGCUAUCCAGAUACCAUCACUACUUUGAAAGGAAUGUCACCCUCCGCCCUUGUAAGAUGCAAGGACCAUAUUGGAAGCACAUAGUUCAUAUACUUCGAUGGUGUGCAGCGUUGCGGAGCAUAUGAAAGUUAUACAUUCUCUGUUUGUUUAUCGUCCGUUCCCUCUUCGUUGAUUUACACCUUUAAGCAUUCCUGUAGUUGUUUAGACCUAACAUAGUGCGAUCUCACUUGGUAGGAAUGAUGAGAAUCGAAAGCAUUCGCAAGAAUGAACCUGUAUUAAGACAGUCCGAAACCAGCUUAGAUUUGCCAUUUUUAGGGCUAGACUAUGAACUAAAGAUUAUCAGCAUGCACAUGUAAUGUAAAACAUUUGUUUGUUAAGGUUGUCUUUGUAGUGUUUCUUA